GCGUCCGGGGCCCCCGCCCCCCGCCCCCGCCGCCUGCGGUCUCCGCCCCCCUCGCGCGGGUGUGUGGAGCCGGAGUCGGCGGCGGGUGGCGGCGCCUGGAACCUGGAGCCCGAGCCGCCCCCCCGGCCGCGGAAUGUACUGACUGCGCCCCCCCUCCCUCUCCCCCCUGUCUCUCCCCGCUCUCUCCCCUCUCCGCCCCGCUGCAGGAGGGAGGCGCCCCCGAGUCUCCCCUCCCGCGAGAGGGGCCGCGCGGGCCGGGCCGGGCCGGGCUGGAGGCUGCGGCGCGGGGCCGGCCGGGCGCGCCGAGGGAAGCAGGCGCCGGGCUCCGCGGCGCUGCCGCCCGCCGCGGCCGCUGGCGGGGAGAGAUGGCGGCGGCGCGGGGCGCCCGAAGGCUCCCGGGCACGUCGUCCCGGCUCCGCCGGCUGCUGCUGCUGCUGCUGCCGCUGCUGCUCGCGCGCCGGGCGCCGGGCGCGGCGGCCGCCAGGACCCCGCCGCAGUCCCCAGGAGCCAGCAUUCGGACGUUCACUCCAUUUUAUUUUCUCACGGAGCCAGUGGACACACUUUCAGUGAGAGGUGCUUCUGUCAUAUUAAACUGUUCGGCUUACUCGGAACCUUCCCCAAAAAUUGAAUGGAAAAAAGAUGGAACCUUUUUAAACUUAGUAUCAGAUGACCGGCGCCAGCUCCUCCCAGAUGGGUCUUUGUUUAUCAGCAGUGUGGUGCAUUCCAAACACAACAAGCCGGACGAAGGUUACUAUCAGUGUAUGGCCACCGUGGACAGUCUUGGGACUAUCGUCAGCAGAACUGCCAAGCUCACGAUAGCAGGUCUUCCAAGAUUUACCAGCCAACCAGAACCUUCUUCUGUUUAUGCUGGGAACAGUGCAAUUCUGAAUUGUGAAGUGAAUGCGGAUUUGGUUUCAUUUGUAAGAUGGGAACAGAACAGACAGCCUCUUCAUUUGGAUGAUAGAAUUAUCAAACUCCCAAGUGGAACACUGGUCAUCAGCAAUGCAACUGAAGGAGACGAGGGACUGUAUCGCUGUGUGGUUGAAAGUGGGGGCCCUCCCAAGUAUAGCGAUGAAGCUGAACUAAAAGUUCUUCCAGAUACUGAGGUGGCAACAAACUUGGCAUUUUUGAAGCAACCUUCCUCCUUGGUCAGAGUCGUUGGUCAGAAUGUGGUGCUGCCAUGCGUUGCUUCCGGACUUCCAGCCCCGUCCAUACGGUGGAUGAAAAAUGACGAGGCGCUUGACACACAAAGCUCUGGAAGACUGGCAUUACUGGCGGGAGGCUCUCUGGAGAUCAGUGAACUCACAGAGGACGAUGCAGGGACUUACUUUUGUGUAGCGGAGAGUGGAAAUGAGACCGUCGAAGCUCAUGCAGAGCUCACAGUACAAGCCGAACCUGAAUUCCUGAAGCAGCCUACAAAUAUUUAUGCUCAUGAAUCGAUGGAUAUUGUAUUUGAGUGUGAAGUGACUGGGAAACCAACUCCAACUGUGAAGUGGGUCAAGAAUGGGGAUAUGGUCAUACCCAGUGAUUACUUUAAGAUUGUAAAGGAACAUAAUCUUCAAGUUUUGGGUCUGGUGAAGUCAGAUGAAGGAUUUUAUCAGUGCAUUGCUGAGAACGAUGUUGGGAAUGCACAAGCGGGAGCGCAGCUGAUCAUUCUCGAGCACGCGCCAGCCGCGACGGGGCCACUGCCUUCAGCGCCACGGGACGUCGUGGCCUCCCUGGUCUCCACCCGCUUCAUCAAACUGACAUGGCGGACGCCUGCGUCAGACCCCCACGGGGACAACCUCACCUACUCUGUCUUCUACACCAAGGAGGGCAUUGCCAGGGAACGUGUUGAGAACACCAGUCGCCCGGGAGAAAUGCAGGUGACCAUUCAAAACCUGAUGCCGGCCACCGUGUAUGUCUUCAGAGUCGUGGCUCAGAACAAGCACGGCUCCGGAGAGAGCUCCGCUCCACUCCGCGUGGAAACGCAGCCCGAGGUCCAGCUUCCAGGCCCAGCACCUAACAUCCGAGCAUCUGCAACUUCGCCUACUUCCAUCACUGUGACGUGGGGAACUCCUCUCUCUGGCAAUGGGGAAAUUCAGAAUUACAAAUUGUACUACAUGGAGAAGGGGACGGACAAAGAGCAGGAUAUUGACGUUUCUAGUCUUGCCCACACCAUUAACGGAUUGAAAAAAUACACAGAGUACAGUUUCCGAGUGGUGGCCUACAAUAAGCACGGUCCCGGCGUCUCCACUCAAGACGUGGCUGUCCGAACGUUCUCUGACGUUCCCAGUGCUGCUCCUCAGAAUCUGUCUUUAGAAGUAAGAAAUUCAAAGAGCAUCGUCAUACACUGGCAGCCCCCUCCUCUGGCCACACAGAAUGGGCAGCUCACUGGCUACAAGAUCCGCUACCGAAAAGCAUCUCGAAAGAGCGACGUCACCGAGACCGUGGUGGCCGGGAGCCAGCUGUCCCACCUGGUCGAAGGUCUCGAUCGGGGAACUGAAUAUAACUUUCGAGUGGCUGCUCUAACCAUCAAUGGCACGGGCCCAGCAACUGACUGGUUGUCUGCUGAGACAUUUGAAAGUGACUUAGAUGAAACCCGUGUUCCUGAAGUGCCCAGUUCUCUGCACGUCCGGCCCCUCGUUACCAGCAUCGUAGUGAGCUGGACUCCCCCUGAGAAUCAGAACAUCGUGGUCAGAGGCUACGCCAUCGGGUAUGGCAUUGGCAGUCCCCAUGCCCAGACCAUCAGGGUGGACUAUAAGCAGCGCUAUUACACCAUCGAAAAUCUGGACCCCAACUCGCACUACGUGAUCACCCUGAAAGCAUUUAACAAUGUGGGCGAAGGCGUGCCCUUGUACGAGAGUGCCGUGACCAGGCCCCACACAGACACUUCUGAAGUUGAUUUAUUUGUUAUUAAUGCUCCGUACACCCCAGUGCCAGAUCCCACCCCCAUGAUGCCUCCCGUGGGCGUCCAGGCGUCCAUCCUGAGUCACGACACCAUACGGAUUACCUGGGCGGACAACUCCCUGCCCAAACACCAGAAGAUCACAGAUUCCCGCUACUACACGGUCCGCUGGAAAACCAACAUCCCAGCUAACACCAAGUACAAGAAUGCAAAUGCCACAACUUUGAGUUACUUGGUGACUGGUUUAAAACCAAAUACACUCUACGAAUUUUCUGUGAUGGUCACCAAAGGCCGAAGGUCCAGCACAUGGAGUAUGACAGCCCAUGGGACCACCUUUGAAUUAGUUCCUACUUCUCCACCCAAGGACGUGACAGUUGUGAGUAAAGAGGGGAAACCUAGGACCAUCAUUGUGAAUUGGCAGCCGCCCUCUGAAGCCAAUGGCAAAAUUACAGGUUACAUCAUCUAUUACAGCACUGACGUGAACGCAGAGAUCCACGACUGGGUCAUUGAGCCGGUGGUGGGGAAUAGGCUCACUCACCAGAUCCAGGAGUUAACCCUUGACACGCCGUACUACUUCAAAAUCCAAGCCCGGAACUCCAAAGGCAUGGGACCCAUGUCCGAAGCUGUCCAGUUCAGAACGCCUAAAGCGGACUCCUCUGAUAAAAUGCCUAAUGACCAAGCCUCAGGGUCUGCCGGAAAAGGGAGUCGACUUCCUGACAUCGGACCCGACUACAAACCUCCGAUGAGCGGCAGCAACAGCCCCCACGGGAGCCCCACAUCGCCCCUGGACAGCAACAUGCUCCUGGUCAUCAUCGUGUCUGUGGGGGUCAUCACCAUCGUGGCAGUCGUGAUCGUGGCCGUCUUCUGCACCCGCCGCACCACCUCUCACCAGAAGAAGAAACGAGCAGCUUGCAAGUCCGUGAACGGCUCCCACAAGUACAAAGGGAACUCCAAAGACGUGAAGCCGCCAGACCUCUGGAUCCACCACGAGAGACUGGAGCUGAAGCCCAUCGACAAGUCUCCAGACCCCAACCCCAUCAUGACCGACACGCCGAUCCCCCGGAACUCUCAGGACAUCACGCCUGUCGACAACUCCAUGGACAGCAACAUCCACCAAAGGCGGAACUCCUACAGAGGGCAUGAAUCGGAAGACAGCAUGUCUACACUAGCCGGGAGGCGAGGGAUGCGCCCCAAGAUGAUGAUGCCAUUUGACUCCCAGCCACCCCAGCCUGUGGUUAGUGCCCAUCCCAUCCAUUCCCUCGAUAACCCUCACCACCAUUUCCACUCCAGCAGCCUGGCUUCUCCAGCUCGCAGCCAUCUCUACCACCCGGGCAGCCCCUGGCCCGUGGGCACGUCCAUGUCCCUUUCAGACAGGGUCAGUUCCACAGAAUCCGUCCGCAACACCCCCAGCACUGACACCAUGCCGGCCUCCUCGUCACAGACGUGCUGCACGGACCACCAGGACCCUGAAGGUGCUACCAGCUCUUCCUACCUGGCCAGCUCCCAGGAGGAAGACUCGGGCCAGAGCCUCCCCACGGCUCACGUCCGCCCUUCCCACCCGCUGAAGAGCUUCGCCGUGCCAGCCAUCCCUCCCCCGGGGCCUCCUGGCUAUGACCCCGCCUUGCCCAGUACCCCGUUACUGUCCCAGCAAGCUCUCAACCAUCACCUCCACGCGGUGAAGACGGCAUCCAUCGGGACGCUGGGACGGAGCCGGCCGCCCAUGCCAGUGGUGGUGCCCAGUGCCCCUGAAGUGCAGGAGACCACGAGGAUGCUGGAGGACUCGGAGAGUAGCUACGAACCAGAUGAGCUGACCAAAGAGAUGGCCCACCUGGAAGGACUCAUGAAGGACCUCAAUGCCAUCACGACGGCAUGAGCCCUUCGGCACGGCAUGACUUCCGACCUGAGUCAGAGGCAUCUCGGGACUUAGCCUUGGCAGCAAGGACCUGUACAGAGUGCGAGAGGACCGCCCCGGGAGCACAGGCGGGCGAGCAGGCUGGGCGGCCCCAGGCCCGGGCACCACGGCCUCCUCCCAGUCGGCUGGCAGGGAGCCUGCUGACAUGCGCAGGACUGGGCACCGAGGGCCCAAAGGUCGCAUCCAGGAAAGAGGCCAAGAAGCGCCACCGGCAUUUCACUCUGUGGCCAGGCCGCGUCUUCGUGCUGCGACUGCAUCGCCUUUACGGAGUGUAGACAUUGGCAUUUAUGUACAAAUUUUAUUUGUGUUCUAUUUUACUUUACCGAGAAGCGCUAUCAGGACCCGAGGAAGUCUGGGGGGGGCGGGGGUGGUCUCGGGUUCCAGCGGGUGGUUGGCAUUUGACCACUUGUUUGAAUGGAAAAGUCUUUGACUGUGUGAAUUGUUGGGGGGUGGGGCUUUGUAUUUUGUUUUUGUUUUUUAAAUGAGUCAUUGCAUCCUCUACCAUCUGUCCGGUCCAUCACUCGGAGGGGGGUGGGGAGGAAAACGUUGCAUUGCUGUUUGUAAGCUUUUUUAUUAUUUUUUUAUUCUAAUUAUUAAAGGCCUGCCUUUCUCCUCUCAGCACUGUGAGAUUACAGAUCUAUUUGAAUGAAAUGUAACAUGGCAAA